GGCCGCUAAGAAGAACCCCGUGGCACCACGACAGAUCUCCUCCCUGUUCAAUCCAGCCCAUUUAUCUCCCCCUCCGGUUUAUUCCUUCCACGAGUCAGGAGAGAGGUAAAACCCGCCGAACUUUGCUGAGGCAGAGAUACCAAGAACUUUGUAUGGGAUUGGGACACCUGGUGACCAUGCCUGCAUGGUUAGUUUGGGUGUGAUUCACUGCCAAUCCUUGCCAUACAGGGUGGCCGUGGUCGGUUGAACUGUGACAGAAUGGGGAGCACCGACAAGACCGGAACUCCUUAUGGUGAGUACACAUAUGCUGAGCUGGAGAGGGAACUAUACUGGCCAUCUGAGAAGCUGAGGAUUUCGAUCACUGGAGCUGGUGGUUUCAUUGGAUCCCAUAUUGCUCGUCGUCUGAAGAGUGAGGGACACUACAUCAUUGCCUCUGACUGGAAGAAGAACGAGCAUAUGACUGAGGACAUGUUCUGCCAUGAGUUCCACCUUGUUGACCUCAGGGUCAUGGAUAACUGCCUUAAGGUCACCAAUGGUGUGGACCAUGUCUUCAAUCUUGCUGCUGAUAUGGGUGGCAUGGGUUUCAUUCAGUCCAACCACUCCGUUAUCAUGUACAACAACACCAUGAUCAGUUUUAACAUUCUUGAGGCUGGGCGUAUCAAUGGUGUGAAGAGGUUCUUCUAUGCCUCGAGCGCAUGCAUUUACCCUGAAUUCAAGCAGCUUGAGACAAAUGUGAGCUUGAAGGAAGCUGAUGCCUGGCCUGCUGAGCCACAAGAUGCCUAUGGCUUGGAGAAGCUGGCGACUGAGGAGCUGUGCAAGCACUACACCAAGGACUUUGCCAUUGAGUGCCGUGUUGGCCGUUUCCACAAUAUUUACGGUCCCUUUGGAACAUGGAAAGGUGGUCGCGAGAAGGCACCUGCUGCCUUCUGCAGGAAGGCCCAGACCUCCACAGAGCGGUUUGAGAUGUGGGGUGACGGUCUCCAGACCCGAUCCUUCACUUUUAUCGACGAGUGUGUCGAGGGUGUUCUGAGGUUGACAAAGUCGGACUUCCGCGAGCCAGUGAACAUUGGGAGCGAUGAAAUGGUGAGCAUGAACGAGAUGGCAGAGAUUGUUCUGGGCUUUGAGGACAAGAAGCUGCCCAUCCACCACAUCCCUGGUCCCGAGGGUGUCCGUGGACGCAACUCCGACAAUACCCUUAUCAAGGAGAAGCUUGGCUGGGCUCCCACGAUGAGACUCAAGGAUGGCCUGAGGUUCACCUACUUCUGGAUCAAGGAGCAGAUCGAGAAGGAGAGGACGGAGGGGAUGGACGUGGCCAGGUACGGGUCAUCCAAGGUGGUGUCUACCCAAGCGCCGGUUCAGCUGGGCUCUCUCCGCGCCGCUGACGGCAAGGAGUGAACUCAACACUUGUCGGGGACGUUGGGACCAUCUUCACAUGCUCAUGAUUCCUAUUCAUCGUCACGACCCGAUUAAUUUAUUUAUUUUGGUGUGUGUCACGUAGUUCCUCAAACACCAUACAUUUGAUUCGGUGAACAAUAAAAUUCCCUUA